AUGCAGAAGCCUAAGAAACCUCAUUUGGAAGCAGUUCGAAGAAUAUUGAGAUAUGUCAAAAGUACAAUCGAUUAUGGGAUCUUUUAUAAGAGAGGUAUUAUCAAGUUGGAAGGAUAUUGCGAUGCUGAUUAUGCAGGAGAUCACGACAUUCGGCGCUCGACAACAGGCUAUGCAUUUAGUCUUGGUUUAGGAGCAAUAUCUUGGUGCAGCAAGAGACAACCUACAGUGUCACUUUCCACAAUAGAAGCUGAGUAUCGGGCAGCAGCAACUGCAGCUCAGGAAAGUGUUUGGCUGUCACAGCUUAUGAACGAUCUGCAUCAACCCAUCGACUAUCCAAUUCAACCCAUCGACUAUCCAAUUCCGUUAAAUUGUGAUAAUCGUUCGGCUAUACAAAUAGCUGAGAAUCCGAUGUUUCAUGCGAGAACAAAACACGUGGAGGUUCACUAUCACUUUCUCAGAGAGAAGGUUCUACAAGGAGAGUUAAAAUGA